AUGCCGAUCAACCAACCCUCCAACCAGAUCAAAUUCACCAACGUGUCGGUGGUCCGACUAAAAAAAGGCAAGAAGCGCUUCGAACUCGCCUGUUACAAGAACAAACUGCUUGAAUACCGAUCCGGCGCUGAAAAGGACCUCGACAAUGUUCUCCAGGUCCCAACCGUGUUCCUUUCAGUCUCGAAAGCUCAGACUGCGCCAUCUGCAGAGCUUACAAAAGCCUUCGGCGCCGGUACUCCACGAGAGGAAAUACUGCAAGAGAUCCUCCGCAAAGGCGAAGUCCAAGUCGGCGAGCGUGAGCGCAAAGAUAUCCUCGAGCGAGUGGAGAAGGAAGUGCUGGACAUCGUAUCAGGCCGACUAGUCGAUCCCUCAACCAAGCGCGUGUACACCACCGGAAUGAUCCACAAGGCGUUGGAUCAACUGACUUCGGCCAGCGGACAACAACAAACACAAGCGAGCGCAGAGACGAAUGGAGAUGGCGAAGAGAAGUCAUCCCAGCCCAAGAAGCCUCUCUGGACAGGAGUUUCCGCCAACCGCUCGGCCAAGAGUCAAGCGCUGGAUGCCAUGAAGGCACUGAUUGCUUGGCAGCCGAUUCCUGUUAUGCGGGCUCGUAUGCGUCUCCGUGUGACGUGUCCGGUGUCGCUGCUGAAACAAUCUGUCAAGGCUGCACCCGGUGCUGCAUCGAAUAAAGACAAGGAAGCACCUUCUGGUGGCUCAAAGAACAACAAGAAGGGAAAUAAAGGAUCGAAGAAAUCUGCCAAGAGAGAUGAUUCGGACAUUGAGGCUGGUCAGUCUGAUGCAGAAGCUGCACCCAAGGCCCCAAGUACUGUCAAAGAUAAGAUCAUGGCCUUUAUCGAAUCGGUAGAGUCUCAAGAAGUCGUGGGCGGAGACGAAUGGGAGAUUGUGGGUUUCGCUGAGCCUGGUGCGUUCAAGGGAUUGAAUGAGUUGGUCAGCAAUGAGACACGCGGCAGAGGCCGGGUUGAGGUUCUGGACAUGUCGGUCACGCAUGAGGAUUAA